UAAUUCAUUCAUUCAUUGAUUCUCAUAUCUUCUUUUUUUUCUUCCUCAACAAAAAAUGCUACUAUCCACACUUCAAACCCCUCGCUCCCUCUCUCGCCUCUCACUCACUCGCCACUCCCACUCCUACACCUCACGCGCCUCCCUUACUGACCAAACCCCAACCCUCACCACCUCGCCUCCGCCGCACUCCGAAAUCCUCUCCACCCGUCAAACCCUCCUCUCGCGCCGUGCCUCCGCCGCUGACCUCGCUCUCUCCCGCCUCGCGCACCUCCGCCUCGCCGAGCCCCGUCUCCGCGCUUUCCUCCACCUCCCAGACGACGAUGCCCUGCUUGCCCAGGCCCGCCGAGUCGAUGCCCGCAUCGCCGCCGGCGACGACCCCGGUCCCCUCGCCGGGGUGCUCAUCGGCGUGAAAGACAACAUUUGUACAAAGGACAUGCCGUCUACGGGUGGUUCGCGCGUCCUGGCUGGAUACCGGCCGCCGUUCGACGCGACGGCGGUGAAGAGAGUGAGGGAACUGGGCGGAAUUGUGGUUGGGAAAACCAAUAUGGAUGAGUUUGGAAUGGGAAGCACCACUGAAGCUUCUGCAUUUCAGGUGACUGCCAACCCGUGGGAUGAGUCUAGGGUGCCAGGAGGAUCAUCAGGAGGAUCAGCAGCUGCAGUUUCUGCCAGGCAGUGUGUUGUAUCGUUGGGAAGUGACACAGGCGGAAGUGUGAGGCAGCCGGCAUCUUUUUGUGGUGUUGUAGGUUUGAAGCCAACAUAUGGGCGUGUUUCAAGAUUUGGACUUAUGGCAUAUGCAUCAUCACUUGAUACCAUUGGCUGCUUUGGUUCAUCAGUUGCCGAUACUGGGAUUCUCCUUCAUGCAAUUGCUGGUCAUGAUAGAUUUGAUGCCACGUCAAGUAAGCAGGAUGUGCCUGACUUUCAGUCCCACUUUGUCUCUGUGAGCUCCUUGGAAAGUAAACCCUUGAAGGGACUGAGAGUUGGUCUGAUCCGUGAAACAAUUGACAAGGGUGUUGAUGCUGGAGUAAUUUCAGCAAUUCGUGCUGCUGCUAUGCAUUUUGAGGAAUUAGGAUGCUCUGUGAAUGAGGUCUCACUGCCAUCCUUUUCCCUUGGGUUGCCUGCAUAUUAUAUCCUUGCUGUGUCUGAAUCAUCUUCCAACUUGUCUCGCUAUGAUGGUAUCAGAUAUGGAAACCAAGUUUAUGCUGACGAACUAGAUUCUCUUUAUGGAGGUUCCCGAGCUGAAGGGUUUGGUUCUGAGGUCAAAAUGAGAAUUUUAAUGGGAACAUAUGCCCUCUCAGCUGGUUACUAUGAUGCAUAUUACAAACGUGCACAGCAGGUAAGGACCAUAAUUAGGAAUAGCUUUAAGGAGGCACUGAGUCAAAAUGACAUCUUGAUUUCCCCUGCAGCUCCUUCAGCUGCUUAUAAAAUUGGUGAAAAGAAAAAUGAUCCUUUAGCUAUGUAUGCAGGCGAUAUUAUGACCGUAAACGUUAAUCUAGCUGGAUUACCUGCCUUGGUUUUGCCAUGUGGCUUUGUUGAGGAUGGACCUGCAGGCCUUCCUGUUGGUAUGCAAAUGAUUGGUGCAGCCUUUAAUGAGGGAGAACUGCUGAGAGUGGGACACAUCUUUGAGCAAACUCUUGAAAAUUGCAGAUUUGUUCCACCGUUUGUAGCUGAUGAUGACAUUGCAUUCUGAGUAUAAUUUUUCAUUCCACAUCUCUGUGUUCCCUCAAUAUUUCUUUAGUUCCAUGACAAUGAGGUAGCUGGAGUAGGUAGUUUUCAGCGCCGGUAAUGCUUCUCCAAAUUUUUAGCCACAUUGCUGAAAGAGGGUUUUGUGAGAAAUUUUACUAUUUGAAAUUGAAUAUUUUCACAAUAAACCUUCAUUCAACUAGUUUUUUGAUGAGGGGGGCCAACUGCUACUGUUAGCAAUUGGAUGAAUUAUUGAAUGUUGUGUUUAUUUAGUUAAUAACUAGAGAGAUUGAUCAGUGUAAAGGAGCAAAUGGUCUUUGCUCUUACCAAACAGUUGGCCCUUGUAAUUUAUUCUUGAGGAUUUCUUUUGAAUAAGGAUGUUUGUUAACAUUUCUAA